GCGUUACUUAUCUAUUCAGUCUUGUUUAUCUGUAUUUUUACAAGUUUAUUUUAGUUUAUCACUAAACGUUGUGCUUUUCUUACAUGAAAAUAAAUUAAAUUGUUUUAUAAUAAUGUUAAUUAGAGGUUUAAAGAUUUUUAACUCGUACUUGUACAAAUCACAUAAUAUUUGCAAUUCGAAUUACUAUAGAUCAACGUUCUUUUCGACAUCAGCUGUUUUGAAACUGAAAGAAGAAAAAGUAAAAGUUGGGGAUUAUGACAUCAAUUACUUAAAAGUCGGGAAUGGGCCGCGCAACGUGCUUUGUGUGCCCGGCGCUCUAGGGUCAAUAUGGACCGACUACGCACCACAAGUGAAAGGGUUCGACCGGGAGAAGUUCACAUUGGUAGCGUGGGAUCCACCAGGCUACGGGAAGAGUAGGCCACCAGACAGAGACUUCCCCACUGAUUUUUAUGAUAAGGAUGCAGAUUAUGCAUAUGAAUUUAUGAAGGCCAUAAAUCUUCCAAAGUACUCGGUCUUGGGAUGGAGUGACGGCGGCAUAGUGGGCAUGAUUCUUGCUGCCAAAUACCCCGAAUCCGUAGAGAAACUGGUCAUUUGGGGUAGUAAUUCAUUCAUUCUGCCCAAUGAAAUUGAAUUAUAUAACAAUGUGAAAGAUAUUAGUGCAUGGUCUAAAAAAAUGAAAGAACCCAUGAUUGAGUUAUACGGCGAUAGAUUCGCCAGUUAUUGGAUAGAGUGGGUGGACGGAGUGAUCGCUUUGUUCAAAGCUAAGGAUGGCAAUAUAUGUUCGGAGCGAUUGAAAGAUAUUAAAUGUCCCACGUUGAUACUAUACGGAGAAAAGGACCCGAUGGUGGAUAGUGUGCACGCAUCACACUUGCACACUAAUAUUGAAGGCUCAAGAUUGCAUCUGUAUCCAGAUGGCAAGCACAAUAUUCACAUCAAGUACGCCGAAGACUUCAAUAAAAGAGUCCAAGAAUUUUUGUUACAACAAUAAUUUUAAGUUUAUUAUUGUUAUUAUUUUAAUAAUCACGUAAUAAUCGAACAUUUUUUCCAAA